AUGCAAGGCUACGCUUUCUCGCCUUCGAAUGGUCCCCCAAGGGAGGGGCACAAGAACUACGUAUUUGUUGAUGAGCAUAAUAGGCACAAGAGGCUGAAAGUGAUGCGAGCCUGCAAUGGCUGCAGAAAACGGAAAAUAAAGUGUGACGCUGCCACAACGAAUACCUGGCCCUGCUCAGCUUGCACUCGCUUGAAGCUCGUAUGCGUUCCUCCUACCAUUGGACAGGAUAGCGACUUCCAGUCGGAGCAAGGUCUUGAGGCAACUUCAAUGGGCGCCUUAGGAGCUUCUCAUGCGACUCCAGCCUCGCAUUAUUCCUUUACAAUGCCUCAGAGCUUCGGCGCUGGAAAUAGUCAGUCCUAUAGCGACGGCGCCGGAAUCAUGUCUCAAUAUGUCCCGAAUGGUCCCACCCAACACAAUAUCUAUGAAAUACGGUCAUCGCAUUUACCCGUAACAAGCCAGGCCUACCAGCAUGCCCAAGUAUUUCCUACCACUCCUAAUCACGGUCUUGUUAACUCGAAUACUGGCAUUUUCCCGGACGACGAUCAAUCUACUGCCGAGAACCUUAGCGAAGUUCUAGGUGAAUUGAAAAUCGAUGAAACUGGUAUCGCACCCUAUAUUCGACAACAACGAAAAGAGCGAUUGGAAGCGGAAGCUCCAGUCCAGGAUGAAAUUGAGGAAAGACUGCCACCUUUAAGCACCGGGGCGGGCUCCACCAUCCUGAUGAAUUACUUCAAGAUUUACUUUAACGAUAUACAUCCUUACAUUCCUGUGGUUCAUCGAUCUCACCUUUACUACCAGUGGCAGAAUGAACGGAGCUCCAUAUCUCCUCUACUCCUCGAAGCACUUUUCGCUUGUGCCGGAAGGCUAUCAGACGAUCCGGCUCAGGGCGCACAGUGGCUCGCAUUGGCAAACAGACAUGAGUCCAGCUUCAUGGAUGUACCACGCUUAAGCACGAUUCAAGCUUUGCUUUUGCUAUUGAAAGCUCGGGAGUCUCUGCCAAAGAAGGGUUAUUAUUAUCGUUCAUGGCAAACUGUGAAGACAAUUGUGUCGAUGUCGAAGGAUUUAGACAUCCAUGAACAUUACAAUACCCACGCACAGGGCAGGCCUUGUGAGCUGGAUUCAGUGGAAUGUCUUGUGCAGACAAGAGUAUGGCAAGCCCUCUUGGUUGUCGAAGUGAUGAUCGGUGCACCACAAGGUCGAUCGGACUACGGGGUAGACCCAGAGACCGUAGAUAUGCGGCCCACUCUAGAUAUCGAUGGCCUUGACCAGUUCGAAAUCGACCGCUCGAGGCAAUAUGCAUACUUUGUCAGAAACGCCUAUCAUAUCCGUUUGAUCACCGAUAUAUAUCACAAAAUCAAGAAGCAGAAAGACUGGGGAGCCAAUCCCAGAUUUGUUGAAAAAAACCCCCUUUUUACCGAUUGGCUCCAAAACCUCCCUCAAGACUUACAGAUUAAUUAUCCUAGCGAUGGUUCGCCGCCAUGGAUACCGUCACAUUUUGUGGGAAAUAUGCACUCGCAUUGCCAUCUCGGCAUCAUCUUACUACAUCGACCACAAUUGUUAGCAUCCAAGUCCUUUGCGGCCGGCGGAGGAUGGAAGAUCCACAUGGCGUUGUGCUAUUCCUCCGCAAAAAGCCUGUGUAGGCUUCAGGAAGGUAUAUUAGACCGUUUCGGCCUGCGCGGUCUUCUGUUCAUGCAAAGAGGUAUCAAUUUCGCAAUAUACUGCAUUCUGACAUGCACUAUGCUGCAUCUGAUUGCCAUCACAUCCCCUGAUCCUCAUUUUCAUACGGAUGCGAGGGACUACUUCACGCGACACAUGCGUAUCCUUGAGAAAUGUUCUUCGGCUUGGCCUAUGCCCGAAAUACAGGCACAGAUUGACUCCCUGCGGCUCGCGUUCUCCGCUGACAUCAAUCGCCCUUUCGAGCUCAAAUCUACGUUUCCUUACGGAAGUCCCUCAGAACCGUACCAUCCCAGCCCACCACUUGGGUCAAAUUACCAUGCUCAAUUGGACCAGGUUCCAAGUAACGUGCAGAAUAGAGUGUGUUAUGCUUACCCAAUGACCCCUCCAAUAUCGGCUGGUACUGAGGACUCAAAGUCUGACUCAUGUCAGCUUCAACCUAUGGGCAUGCUUGCACCGCACCCACAUCACAGUCAUUCGGUAGAUGCUCCGUUAGUUGACGAAAAUAACUGGGAUCCCACUCGAAUCAUAAACCAGUGGGACCUGGCAUUCCCUGUCGGCCCGUCAAAUGUGAGUACAAACUCGCCGCCGAUGGGCAUAGCCCAUUCUACACAAGGAACCACUGGUGUAUCGAACCAGUUUCCUGUUCACUAUGAGACACAUACGAAAGUCUCUCCGAUUGCAGCUACCCAACCUCUUCCUCAAAGUCAGUUCAGUGGACACCCAGUCCUGUUCACAGCACGUGACUGGCAACAGAGCGUUGCUAGUGUAUAUGAUCCCAAUGGCUUGAAGCGGAGGUGGGCACACUCAAUCGAUACUAGCGAGCAGAGUAACACCAAACGCCAGCGGUAA